UCAAUCUUGGUAACAGAACAGGAGGCAGGGAAGAAACAAGAAUGAGUUGUGUAGAUGCUGCAAGUUGCCUAUCCUCGGUCUUCAAAUGCCCAGUUGAAACUGAAGGGAAGAAGAAAUCAGCAUACAAUCUCAUUCUUUCCAACUCCUACUUCUUCAAAAUGGCUGGACUUUCUUGCAAAGUAUCAGACAAUGAAACUCAGGGAAGCCCCUCAAGCGAACAAGUCUUACUCAGAAACAAAACCAAUAGAAUGGAAGAGUACAACAUUGCCAUGAAGAAAAUGAUGAGAAACCCUUAUGAGUAUCACCAUGAUCUAGGCAUGAACUACACUUUGAUAACUGAUAAUUUGAUAGUGGGUUCUCAGCCCCAGAAACCUGAAGAUAUUGAUCAUCUGAAAAACGAAGAGAACAUUGCCUACAUAUUAAACUUGCAGCAGGACAAGGACAUUGAGUAUUGGGGAAUUGAUUUUCAGCCUAUAGUGAAAAGAUGUCAUGCAAUUGGAAUUCGUCAUAUGAGAAGGCCUGCAAUAGAUUUUGAUCCAGAUUCUUUGAGAAGUCAAUUGCCAAAAGCGGUUUCAUCAUUGGAAUGGGCCAUUUCUGAGGGAAAAGGAAAAGUAUAUGUGCAUUGUACUGCCGGAUUGGGAAGAGCUCCAGCUGUUGCAAUUGCUUACAUGUUCUGGUUCUGUGGCAUGAAUCUGAAUACAGCAUAUGAUAUGCUAACUUCAAAGAGACCUUGUGGACCCAACAAAAAGGCAAUACGAGGAGCUACCUAUGAUCUGGCAAAAAAUGACCCAUGGAAGGAGCCCUUUGAUAGUCUUCCAGAGUACGCUUUUGAGGACAUAGCUGACUGGGAGAGGAAAUUGAUUCAAGAGCGUGUCCAUUCUCUCCGUGGAACUUAAACAUUUAAGUACUUUAUCCUAGAAUUCAUCCAGGACCCAAUGCUUUACUCCCAAUAUGUGGAUCUCUUCAAUGAAUACAUCUUACCAUUCAGUAACUAAUUAGUUGAUUCCCAUAACAACUUUUAUGAUAAGUUUAUGUUUGCUUGGUUAUAAGCCAUGGUUAUCCAACGAACUUCGGUCUUGAUCACUAUUAGACCCUUGAUAAGCCAAAUAUCAAGUGAAGCAGUCCACUUUGGUCCAAA